AUGAAUUCUCCUAACCAGCAGAAGCAAAGACGUAAAGUUUUCUACGGAAACCAGAGUACACAGGACCAUUCAGGUAAAUCUUUAAGUUCAGCUGAAGCUCUGGUUACAAGUGAAGUAAGAAAUGUUGCUGACAAGAAGUUUAAGAAAUGCCGGUAUUGUGAUAAGAAACAUUGGAGUGAUGAGUGUCCUACUUUUCGCACGAUUGCAGAACGAAAAGGAAAGCUUAUAGGAAGCUGUUUAAAGUGUCUUAAAUUAGGUCACAAUUCCACUGAAUGUAAAGGAAAAAAGAAUUGUGUAUACUGUGGUGGAUUUAAUGUGCACCAUCGUAGUUUAUGUCCUAAAAAGUUUAGAUUAGGUGAAUUUUGUGUUGUUAAUCCUGAAAUAACAGACUCAUUGAACAACAAUGAACUCCAUGAAGAAAGUGCUCUUGUGUCCUGUGAUGAAAGUGUUUUAAUGCAAACAGCAAGAACGGAAGUAAAAAGUCCAUUUGGGACUACGAGUGAAAAUGCACGUAUUCUGCUUGAUUCGGGAUCGCAAAGGACAUACAUUACAGAGUCUCUAGCGAGCAAACUUGGAGUAAAGAAAUUAAAAGAAGAAGAAAUAAAGUUAGUUACCUUUGGAUCGGACAAACCUAAGGUAAUUAAAACAUAUUCUACAAAAGUGUGCUUGAAACUUAGUACUGGCAAAUACAUUGAAAUAAAUGCCAAUAUUGUACCGGUAAUUAGUGGAAACGUAAGGAAAAAGUCAGCUAAAUUAUUUUCUGACGAACAUAUGAAACAUUUGUUCACAAAUCUGAACAUGGCUGAAGAUCUUUCAUCAAAUAGAGAGUCAUCAAAAGUGGACUUAUUACUAGGAAAUGAUUAUUACCUAGAUAUUGUAAUGUGUCAAAGAAUGGAAGUAAAACCAGGACUUUAUCUUCUGGCUUCAAAGCUUGGUUGGAUACUUACAGGCCGAAUACAGGAAACAAGUGUAUAUGAAAAUGAAACAAAUAUGCUUAUUCUUACGCAUGGAUCAAAUGUAUGUGUAAGCACCACAAAUGUGUUUGCUAGUGUUGAUUCAGUUGUUCAAACCAAACCAGAGUUGGAAGACUUUUGGAAGAUCGAAUCGUUAGGAAUAACAGACAGUCAAGAUAAUACAAAUGAUGAAAUUGCUUUAAUGAAAUUUAAAGAUACAUUAAUAUAUGACAACGGAAUGUAUCAAGUAACAUGGCCGUGGAAAGAAGAAACUCCAGAAUUGCCAGAAAACAGAGAGCUAGCAUUAGCUCGAUUGAAAUCAAAUAUAGCAAGAAUGAAAAACAAGCCAGAAGUGUUGAAAAAAUAUAAUGAAGUGAUACAAGACCAACUUAGUAAAGGUGUAAUCGAGAAAAUAGAUAGAAGUUCGAUGAGUGAUUUAGUGCAUUAUAUUCCACACCAUGCAGUAAUUACCCCACACAAAUCAACUACCAAAUUACGUGCUGUUUAUGACGCAUCUGCAAAAUCAGAUAGAAACAAUAAAAGUUUGAACGAGUGUUUAUAUCGAGGUCAAGUUAUGAUUCGUGAUCUUUGUGGAUUAUUGAUGCGUUUUAGACAUCAUCAAGUGGCAUUAGUUUCGGAUAUUGAAAAGGCUUUUUUACAAAUUGGCCUACAGCAGGAUCAGCGGGAUGUCACACGAUUUCUGUGGAUAAAAGAUAUAGAAAGACCAAUUGUCAGUAGUGAUAAUGUUCAGGAAUUCAGAUUCUGUCGUGUUCCAUUUGGUAUAAUAUCAAGCCCCUUUUUGUUAGGUGCCACUCUUGAGAGCCAUCUAGAAACAUACAACAACAACAUUGCUGACAAAAUUAAAGGAGAUAUCUACGUUGAUAACGUUAUUACAGGUACAAAUACAUGGGAAGAAGCAUAUGAUUUGUACAAGACUAGUAAAAGAAUCUUUGCUAAUGCCUCUAUGAAUCUGAGAGAAUGGGCAUCAAAUAGUUCUCAAUUAAAUGAAAUGAUUCCGACAACAUACCAAACAAAAAGUAUCUCUAUCAAAGUACUCGGACAUACAUGGGAUACAAAAAAACGACACACUUACUCUAAAUGA